AAAAAUCCACACAUCUCUGAGACCAGCCGGAUGCAUUUCACAAACAGCUGCUCGUAUGUUCAUCUGUGAAAUUGGGUUACACUUUAAAGUCAAUCCGACUGUGCGCGGCGCACACGCGCAUCAGUCAGAGAGGGAGCGAUUGUGAAUGUGACUUCAGUCUGUGAAGACUUAAGAGCGUGACUUCAAGAAGAGCAGAUCACUCAGUGUGAGGAGUUACAGGGAUAUUCUGUGUUUUCCGGGUCUUCACACACUUUCGGCGUUAAUAUGACUGUUCUACACCUGUGUUUAUUCGCGACUUUUUGGAGAGCUGUGCAUGCCAUCCAUCCAGAUUGUGCUAUUAUUUCCCAGCUUAUACAAGAACAAGAAAUCUGCAUCCAGACUAGGAAGAAAGAGAUCAAGAACCAGUCCCAACAACCAGGAUGUGGGACAGAUUGGGACGGGAUCCGCUGCUGGCAUACAGCCAAUACUGGACAACUCAUUAAUGUGUCCUGUUCAGACGUCUUCCAGCAUAUCUCUAACACUCAAGGUUUUAUAUACAGGAACUGCACGUCCAAAGGCUGGACUGACCCAUAUCCGCCGUAUGAAGAGGCCUGUGCGUUUGAAGAUGAUUCAGAGUCUGGGAGUGUGACACCUUACUUGUCAACUUUGAAACAGCUGUACACUGCUGGAUAUGCAACAUCACUUAUAUCACUUAUUACUGCAGUUAUUAUAUUCACAUGCUUCAGGAAGUUCCACUGCACCAGAAACUACAUACACAUCAAUCUGUUUGUUUCCUUCAUCUUGCGUGCGAGCGCAGUCUUCAUUAAAGACGCCGUUCUGUUCUCAGAUGAAACUCAGGAUCACUGUUUAAUGUCGACGGUGGCGUGUAAAACCGCUGUAACGUUUUUCCAGUUCUGCAUCCUCACUAAUUACUUCUGGCUGCUGGUGGAGGGGAUGUACCUGCAGACGCUCCUCGCUCUCACCUUUGUCUCGCAGAGGAAGUACUUCUGGUGGUACAUUCUAAUAGGAUGGGGUGUCCCAUCAGUCGUGCUGAUCGUGUGGGUGUUGACCAGACAAUUCUACGAUAACAGAGGAUGCUGGGAUGACACAGAUAAUAUGAACAUCUGGUGGAUCAUUAAAGGACCGAUCACAGCAUCCCUGUUUGCCAAUAUCAUCAUCUUCCUAAAUGUGAUUCGGAUCUUGGUUCAGAAAUUAAAAAGUCCUGUUGGAGGCAAUGACACGGGUCACUUCAUGAGACUGGCUAAGUCCACCUUGUUUCUGAUUCCUCUGUUUGGGAUGCACUACACUCUGUUUGCCUUCCUACCAGAAAACACAGGGGAAAUAGUCCGGUUUUACAUUGAACUGGGCCUGGGGUCUUUCCAGGGUUUUGUGGUGGCACUACUUUACUGUUUUCUCAAUGGAGAUGUACAAGCUGAGUUGAAACGCAGGUUAUGGACGUGGCAGACCCAGACUCAUCUGAGCCCCAGUAAAAAGCGUCAGGUCACUGUUACUCAGUUCAUGAUGCAUGACUCCACUCAUUCACAGACUGCCGUCUGCAAUGGCUACAUCACUUCUGUGUGAACACACCUGGAUGAUGCAGGUGGAAAAACUUGAUAAAGACUUCAAGAGCUUAACGUUCGGCUCCGGAGGUCGUUCAAGGGAAACAGGUCUUGUAUGACAUUAUUAAUGUCUUGCUGCAAAUACCUCAGAGUUAUGGUUUUGUUAGAGUUCGGUUAACAUGUUGAUGCCAUACAAAUGUUUGAAAACAGAUUUGCAGGUGGCAAAUCUACAAGCAGAUUGUGACACAGCGUGUGGAGGUUUGAUGAAAGUACUGAUUUGAUUAGGGCCCAGUAAUAAAAUGCUUAAUUAAUAUUUGAAAAUUCUGGUAUAUUAUGCAAAAGAUAUAUUCAAACUUUUUUACAUCCUCAUUCCAUCCAAGUGCUGAGCUAGAUGCAGUAAACUGCAAAAGUAACACGAUUAAUAUUCAUCAGUUUGGAAGCAUUUAAUUUUAAAGUGAUUAAUUUGUUAUUGCUGAUGAUGCUGGUGAUGCAUCCCAACAUAAAAUAUACAGGAUGCAGAUUGGAAUUUUCUUGCUUUUUAUAGCUGCUUUUAACGGGAACAUUUUCGAACAACUUUAAGUAUUGAUGGAAACGGAACAACACUGCUUUUCAGCAGCAAAUAGAUGUAUUUAAGUGACCUCAUUCAUCAGAUUUUCAUGCUACAAUAUGUACGCUGUGGGGUCAGUAAGAUUUUUAAUUUUUUUUGAAGGCUGCAUUUAUUUAAUAUAAAAUGCAGCAUAAACAAUAAAUAUUAUUACUACUUAAAAUAACUGUUAUCUAUUUGAAUAUAUUUUAAAAAUUAAUUUUUUCCUGUGAUCCAAGGCUGAAUUUUCAGCAUCAUUACUCCAGUCUUCAGCGUCACAAGAUCCUUCAGAAAUCAUUCUGAUAUGCUGAUUUGUUGCUUAAGAAACAUGUCUUAUUAUUAUCUUAUUAUCAUGAAUUGCUGAUGAAAAGAACAACUUUUAUUUUGAAAAAAAUAUUUUGUAACAUUAUAAAUGUCACGUUUGAUGAAUUUAUAGUAUCCUUGUUUAAUAAAUGUAUUAAUUUCUUAAAAAAAAAAUCUUACUAACCCAAAACUUUUGUAUGUCUGCAGACAUUACAGCUGAAUACCAAUAACUGGAGCAAUCAAACUGCAAAAUUAAUGUAAAAUAACAUGCAGGAUAGCACUGAAAGGAAUUUUCAGCUAGUUAUGUUGUACAAUUUAUGUUGUAAUAUUACACUGAGCACAAUGUUUACAGUUUAUAAAUUCUAUUGUACUGUAUAUGUUAUACUAAUUACUUUAUUUUAACUUUGUAC